AUGCAAAUCAGCCAGUCCUUCUCAUCGAACCUUCGCCAUGCAAACGAGGAACGGCUGCUGGCCUCAUUACCAUUAGUCAGUAUCUUAUACGAGGUAAAGAGGACGCUGUGGCUUUUGUUGAUAGCUGCUGUGAUACGAGCGCAAAAGGCUUCUCAUCCACAUGGACUGGAUUUGGAGUGCCUUGGAAACAUACUGCGGCUGACCCUGGAUCAGUCUUUGCUUUGGGGACAUUACCUGGAGGUUGACGCUAUCAAUGGUACCGAUACUGUACCCAUAACGGACAGCGUGGCUUCACAGUGUGGAUUUGGCAUGAAGUCUGACCCAUGGGGCAAUGCCAUGCUCUUUGCUUCUGUUCAUAAUUGCUUUGCCCAGAACAUGGAUGAUGAGAUGUUCGACCUGACUCUGAGGCUCCGCCUGUCUGGAAGCCCCAUGUCUCCAGCUGCUAUGCACACAGUCUCCAAAAGCUGCACGUACACCCAAUGGGCGUCACGAGAGAUUAUCUGUAACAGGAACUACAUGGAGGUAUCAGUCAGAAGGCAAGUCCCUGACCUUAGUGAGUUCUCAGAGGAGGAGAAACUUGCACAAGACCAAGAGUGGGUUGAAACAGCCCCAGAGGCUGCAGUCUCUUCUCUUCAGUUGUGGAAAGUACAGUUCCAUGGAGUGACAGAGAAGACCAUGAGCAUAGAGGAGGCUCACAGUCGGGGAUAUGGCCUGACCGUUUCCACCUCUCGCUUGCUGCUCCGCAGUCCUUACAGCACCCCAGAGACGCUCUCCCUGGACGUGGCUGGAGUCCCCAUGCAGGUGAUCAAAGCCACAACGUAUUUCAGGCGCAAGUGGAUGGUGAAGCUGCUGGAUUCUUCUGCGGCUUGUCCUACUGGUGGUGUCACCUUCACUGAGGAGAUGAUCACCUGGCAUCUGCCCCUGCGCAUAUCCCCACUGCUGUCCUCCCGGUUAUACACAAUGGUGGAGUACCAUGUGGGAAUUGAUGCAAAGAGGGUAGACAAGGCCAUGAUGAUGGCUAGGGGGUACAAACUGACACUCUCAGACUCUCACUUCAUUCUGGAGCUUCCAGUGGGAUCGAUUGAUGGCUAUUAUAAGAGUCAUGCACCAAAUUACCAGUAUCACAUCACAUACAGCAUUGAGCCCAUGCUGGAGAUAAUAUGGAAGGAAGAUGACCUGUAUGAUGACACCAGAUAUAAAGUUCUCUUUCCCAUCACCACCCCUUUAAUGCCCAGGGUGCCGCAUGUCUCUGAUGAAACGGUCCCUGAGCAGAGAAUUUUCCGCUUCAGUGUGGGGACCUUUCUUCCUGAUGUAGAGCUGGUCAACAUCACCUUUGCCACUGGGGUGCUGUCUGUGGCUGAGGCCAAUGCCAGAGGCUUCAAUGUGCAGGAGUAUAGCUUUUCCAAUGGCUCCAAGGGAUUCAGACUGCAAGUGCCUUUCUCUGACCCAGUUGUCCUCAAAGGGAAUAGUGCUCCAGAUGUGACGGUCUACACCUUGCCUGUUGUCUUUGGCUUUUUGGUCCUGCCUGAAAACACCCCUUUCCCUCACCCCUGGGUGCUGGAGGCUGCACUGCAGGACAUCGUUCUGCCGACUGCGACGGGCACCUGCGACUUGGAGUACUUCUAUGUGCUGGUGGAGUACGGAAACCGCGGCCACAGCUUUGUGACAAUAGUGGGCCAGAGGGAGCUGACUGCUGCCAUGGCUGAGGAGUACAGUUACAGCCAGAACGACACUCACUCCAGCAUGGCGGUGCAUUUCAGAUCUCCUGACGCUGUGUUUGAGAUGGUUCAGGCUUCUUCAGUCAGAAGCAGACUGGAUCUCGUCCUGAAGGAUCCUGUCAACAACUGGAACCUCAAUGACUUCUCCCUGUCCUGCAGCUUCCCGAUGGACCUGAUUGAAUGCUUCUCCAAUGGAACAAUGACUGCUCUGGCAGUUAAAGUGGAGUCUGUGCCAGACCUGAUCCCCAGUCAGCUGACCCUGAGAGACUCCCGCUGUAAACCUGCCUACAGUGACCAUGUCUUUGCUUACUUCUCCUUUAAUGUAAACUCCUGUGGAACCACCAGAAAGUUCUUCAGCAACGUUAUGAUGUAUGAAAAUGAAGUUUCCUCUGCAAGAGUGAAAACGUCUGCUGCUGAUGACCAGUAUCUGUUCACAGUUUCCUGUUACUAUGACAUAAAUGCUAACUACACAAUGGCAUUCAGCACCAAGCCCAAGAUCCUCGAGCCCAUUACAGUAAGGGCAACUGGGAUAUUUGCGGUCAGAAUGAGGCUCGCACUGGAUUCAUCAUACAGUGACUUCUACCUGGAUGAGCACUACCCUGUCGUGAAGUACUUAAGAGAGCCUCUGUAUUUUGAGGUGGAGCUGAUGCAAGCCACCAAUCUGCAGGUGGAGCUGUUUUUGGAGAACUGCUGGGCCACCUCCACGCAGGACAGGGCCUCCUUUCCCAAGUGGGACCUUAUUAUGGACAGCUGUGAGAAUCUUGAUGACCCUUACCACACAAUUUUCCACCCUGUCUCAGCAAAUUCCAGAGUACAGUUCCCCAGUCACUUCAAGCGCUUUGAGAUCAAGAUGUUCUCCUUCACCACAGAUCAUGUGGCUUUGACAGGACAGAUCUUUGUGCACUGCGAUGUUGUAAUCUGUGAUGCCAGCAGCUCUGCAGACAGACUCUGCAGUAUGGCCUGCAUGAACAGGCAGAGUAUGACUAUGAGGAAAAGAGUUCAAAGGAGUGCAGAAUACAGCCGGCACCGUAGGGAAUAUGUGACAUCAGGUCCUGUUGUCCUGGCAUAGAUGCUCCUGGACCUUCCUGCUCUG